GGUAUACCAGUGAGCUUAGGACAGUUUCCAACUGUGUUAAACAGUCGGUACCCGCAAUACCUAUACAUAGCCUCACAUAGUGUAUGGAUCCGUAGGGUAACAUAACACUAAAGAAAGGAAAUGUAUCUAUUUAUCGGCGGGUAGGUCGAUUGUGUGGAUAUACACCAGCUGAAUACCGUAGAAUACCUAGAUUGGAAUCAAUAUCAACACAUAUUAUGUGGUUUGACAAAUAUUGACGGACCUAGUGUCGACAGCCUAGGCCUUUGGUAGAGCCUCCAUUGUCACGAGUCAACGAUGUAAACAAAGAAAACAGAAGCAAUUAAACAAGGAAAGAAGAAUACGUCGGAGUUCCCGGACAAUACACAACAACAAAUACCAGCUAUGUGUUUGAUGUGAUGUUGGCUUUGUGUCCGUCCACUGUGUAUACACUUAGAACACCGGGUGGUGCCGAACUGCUUUAAAGAACACAUUGUUACCAAACAGGUACGCUUUAUCAGCUGAAGAAAUCUGACACCUAAGAGCCGUUGAAUGAUUGGCAAGUAUUGACCCUAAUUAUGAAGAGGAUACAUAAUCUGUCUUCAGGGGAAUCCUUAGCACCGUCUCAACUACAUGCACAAUGUUUCUAAUUUGGAGUACUUGGAAUCCCUGGGAAGGUUUCUAUUGGCGAAGACAGUAGGUGGCCUUGGUAUAUUUACUAAUGUAGUGGGUGAAAGUGUCGUUUUGGUAUAUAGCAAAACACGUGAUAGAUAGUGUUUCAAACGAAGGAGUUAAUCAACGGCCGUAUCAUAGAUACUUACAAGUGUCAGGGAUUUGUGUCGCUCCACAGUGCAAAUAUUUAUAGAAUAGAAACUGACAGCCAACAAAGUAUAACUUCAGCCAGUGAUUCCCAGAGAGAGACAAGUGCCAAAGAUGAAACCACUGCGAUAAUCCAAGUAGGAUCAAGUUGAGUGUUUAGUAAAAGAGCAACAGAUGAAAGAGUAAAGCCUUAUUUUGAUAUAUUCAUCAGUAAUCGAGUAGAAUGUGAAAACUUGGAAAGUUAUCCAACACCUUCACUAAUGAAUAUUUAACGUAUAUACCCCCCUGGAAUAAUCACCCGUAAGAAAACGAUCAAUUUUUGUGGUGGGGUUACUCCUAUGAGCCUCACAAAGUCAAGUAUGCAUAUUUCAAACACAAUGAGUGACACAAGCAAAGAUUCCGGAUACCAGGAAAAUGGGGACACGGAGAGGUUCGAAGACAAAAGUGAAUUUAUGAAACUGGACAACGUUACCAGUCAUUCGUCGCGAAGAUCCGUCCAUAUAGACGCGCCAUCCAUCCAUUUAUCGGCAGAGACGACAAAUACCAAUAUAUCGCUGCAAAUGGAUUCGGACCAAGAAGAUGAAAUGGACGAUAAGUCUAGUGUGUCUAGUUUGGAGCUCUCCAACAUGCCUAUCAAUCACAUUGAUAAUGACAAUAACAUAAUCCCUAUUUUAGACACGUCACGACAAAUGGCUGUCCCGACGCCGGUCAACUUGAACCUGCGAGACAUCAUAGAACCACUGGAUGAAUGGUCUCGCGUACAAAGUGGUAUUCGAGAACGAAAGUACCCAGUACUGCCCAAAAUUGGGAAAAUGAAAAAAGAGUCGGGACAUGAUAAGCAAAAUUUUGAUAUGGUGAAUUACAACCAGUUGGAUUACACUAGAGAAAAGAUGGAGAAUGAGGCAGACUUUUUUUCGGACUAUAGAAUAAAUACGAGUCGUGUUAAGGAGACUCCACGUCAGAAUCCUCUCCCACCAAUAAGACAAAACUCUUCGUUCGGAAGUUUUCAUUCGAAAAGGUGACUUACUAGUAACGUAUGUCCAUCGUUAUUGAUAUAAACUUUUUACCGACCAAAAUGAUCUUGGUAUGUGCAAGGGACGUAAAUUAAUCAGAAAGGACAAAAUAUUUCAAAAAUGGUUCUCUUCUAAAACGGAUAAACCAUAUCACCAUAUGAUAUCAUCGACAGAGCGACUAUGAUUUGUUAUUCAUAGUGGAUUCCAAACACCCAACAUACCACCAGAACUGGUUUUCUGAUCCAAUGUAAUGAUCAUUCCUUAAUUCACUAACCGGGUCUGUUUCGUUAGUAGACGUUACUUACUAACAUUAUUUCAUAACUUCAAAGUUUAAUUCCAGUAGACAGAGUACAAUUAAGGAGAUAUUCGUGAAGGUUCAGAAAGAAUCGUGAAGGUUCUGAAACAAAAGUGGAAGUAGAUAAUCGAUACGUUAGAUGGACUUUAUUCAAACAUUUACAGAAGUUUAUUAUAGUGUUCCACUAUACAAGUAGUGUAUACAUUACUUAUGUAUUAAGUUUUAUCGACCGUAUAAAAGUUGUUAGAGAAGGUGCAUUUCGUUAUAUCUGAGAAAAUGUUUAGACUAACAAAUAACAAUAUAUUAGGAAUUAAUACGAGUAUCACACGUUUUAAAUUCAAAGCACUUCUGGAAAUUACUUACUUUUCGUAAUUACUAGUUAUAAGAAUUUACUUAAUAUGGUUUGUCUAUUCAGAACAGAGUAUUUAUUGUUUUGCUUUUCAUCUAAAGCUGCAGAAAUAGUCGCUAGAAUGUUUAACUUUGUGGUCGAAAAUUUUCAUAGACGCAGAGUCAUGUAAAGCUACAUAUCGCCAACAAAAUUUGUUUUAUCAUAAAGCAUGUUUACUUACUGAAAAUGUAGAUAUCUUGCUUUAGUAUAUUCAUUUAAUCUUCCUCAUGUUUGUGGAAUGGUAAUAAUUUCAAAACGAUUAAGGAAAAAAUAAAAGUGCGGACACUAUGGAUUUGGAAUAGCAUCAAAUCUUUAAAAAUAGGUUUAGCACAUACAUAUGUAUGCCAUGCUCACCGUAUUCCUUGACGUCUUUCAAAAAGACUUAAAUCAGCUAGUAGUCCAGGUCACGGUACUAAAGGAGUAACCAUAUAUUAAACUAUGUGGAAAGGGAUUACUAUAUAUAUAUAUAUAGCUAAUGUGCGGAUUUAGAUUAGCAAUAUUACUGAUUCAUUUCGUGUCAUGUUCUGAUACAGGUGGAGACUAAAUAAACAUUACCAUUAUAGCGGAUUACAGAAUGUUCUCCUAUACACAAUGCUGUUUUUUGGCUGAUAAAGAGACGUAUUCAUAUGAAUUACAAAUGUAUUUGUUAAUGUAACGCUGGAUAAACAACAAAUUCAGCAUCAAAUGAAAAGUUGAUUGUAAACACAAGACACCAUAAAGGAUCUACUGACAAGGACAAACAUAGGUUUACAUAUCAGUUCUGAUCAAUAAGGCUUACGAAAAUUACAAAGGUUAUGAUUACUCGAUUCAAAAUUUCAAACAAAACGUACUAAGUUAUGUAGUAGUA